CCAUGAGCAAAUCGUCCAGUACUACGGCUGUUUGCGAGACACGAUGGAGCGAACGCUUUCCAUCUUCAUGGAGUACAUGCCUGGGGGCUCCAUCAAGGACCAGCUGAAGUCAUACGGAGCGCUGACGGAGAACGUGACGCGCCGCUACACUCGGCAGAUUCUGGAGGGAGUUUCCUACCUGCACAGCAACAUGAUCGUCCACAGGGACAUCAAAGGAGCGAACAUCCUACGUGACUCAGUGGGUAACGUGAAGCUGGGUGACUUCGGCGCCAGUCGGCGGCUGCAGACCAUUUGUCUGUCAGGAACAGGCAUCAAGUCUGUGACCGGCACUCCCUACUGGAUGAGCCCUGAAGUUAUCAGUGGAGAGGGUUACGGCAGGAAGGCUGAUAUCUGGUAAGACCUGAGUACACACACAUUCUUGCGAAAACUGGAUGCA